GAGCGGCAGCAACGACGAGGACGGAAGCGACGGCGGCACCCCUCGCGCUGGGCCGACGCUGCGCGUCCUGAAGGAGGCGAUGCACGCGGCGGCAGAGGCGUCGGCGGCGUCGGCGGCGUCGGCGGCGCUGCGGGAGAAGCUGCGCCUGCAGCAGCUGCGGCAGGGCGGCCUCGAGCAAGAAGUGGCGGCGCUGCGCUCGGGACUAGAGAGGCGCGUCCAGGGCCUCGAGCAGCACACCUCGCAGCGGGCGUGUGAGGUGGAGGGGCGGCUGCGCGGCGUGGAGGGGCGGCUGCGCGGCGUGGAGGCCGCGGCGCAGCGGCCAGACAGCGGCGGUGAUGCGCUGCUGCUGCAGCAGCUGCAGGCGCGCGUGGCUCGGCUUGAGCGCAGGCAGGGGGCGAUGCAGGGCCAUGCUGUCACCGAACUUAGCGCGGCGACGGAGGGGCGCGGGAAUGAUGUCGCCGAACCGCCACUGCCGCACGUUUUCCGCAAUCAACAAGAAGAAGAACGGCAAGAUCAAGAGGCCCAGCGGCAACAAGAGCCGAAAAGUGACACUGUGAACAACGCCGCGCAAGAGAAGACGGCUACAAGGGGGGUUGCCGCCGUUGCUGCCGCCACCUCGCCGGCUGCCGCUGGCUCGCUGGAUGCCCGCCGCCUUCGUCUGGACAUCGACGCGCUUCGCCUGGACCUUGUCAGCUGCAUUGUGGAGAUUGAAAAGGUCAUGGAUCAGCAGCAGCGCCUGGGCUCCCGCGUGCACGGCUGCAUGAGCGCCUUGCAGCAACACCAGACCGAAGUUUCGGGGCUCUCCGAACAGCAGAAAGCGUCGAUUGAGUCCCACAUGGCGCGACUUGAGAGGCAGCAGUCCGCAGCAACGGCGCGGCAGGAGAAACAGCUGGCCGCCGCGCUUGACGUGCUGCAGGCGAAAAUUGUGUCGGAGGUGCGACGCGUGCAUGAGCUGCGGGAGGACACUGUGGUGCGGGCCGACCAGCAACGACUCGGCGAGGUGGCCACGGCGCAGAAGCAGCUGCGGGACGAGCUGCGCAUUGCCGUGGAGAGGCAGCAUGAGGAGGUGAAGUUGGCGCUUGAGCAGAUUUCAGAGACGGAGCGGCGGCUGGAGCGCGAUGUGGUGUCGCAGCUGCAGACUGAGACGGCGCGGCAACUCGACGCCGCACGGCAGACGCAGGACGCCGCCACCGACGCAACGCAGCGGCUUGUGCAGGAGACCCAAGACGACCUCCGACGCAUGCAGAAUAGUUUGAAGGACGGCGCCGUGCUGACGCAAGAGCGCUUCCGGCGGCUUGAGGCAUCACUGGAAACGCGACUCGCGGACGAGGCCCGCCGACUCAAGACGUUUACGAGCGACGCCACGCUGCGACUGCAGCGGCAGGUCGAGGACGAAGUGCGGCGCCUUGUGCACAUCACGGAGCAGGAGUCCUUGGCGUCGAUGCAGCAGGAGAUGCAGCGCGUCGACGUCGCGGUGCGGGCUCUGGAGGAGGAACAGCGGGCCCUGCGUGAGGGGAUGCUUGCCGUGACGGCGCCCUCCAGAACGCUGGCAAGCCUCGACCACCGCAUGACUGUAUUGCAGGAGGAUGUGAGGGGUGCGUAUGCCCAGCUGGAGCGUGUGCAGAGCGCCGGGUCUCUCGCACUGCCGCAGCAGUUGCUUGCCAGGCAGCAGAGAAUACUGCAGGAAGACCUACUCGAGGUGAAGACUCGGCUGCGUCGCUGCGAGGCAUGCUGCGGCGACGGCCACGCGGAGUCGCGGCACCCGGAGGUGAGCGCCUCGCAUUCGUCCCGCGAUAGGAGGUUUCCCCGCAUCUCGGAGACGCCGCCGACCACGCCGAGGCUGGACGCCAUGACGUCCGCGGCAGGCAAGCUGGGGCCGGCGGCCGGUGCUGACGCAGGGGCUGCGCAGGGCCUAGUUCUGCCUCGCCGGCUUAACCACAGCCGGCUGACCGACGGCACGCGGGACGGAUGCUCCUCCGGUGCCGCGUCGUAUGACCCCCUCGCUGGGGUUUUCGACUGA